GAACAGGAGUUUAUUGAGGAGUAGCUGCAACGAGAGAGGAGAGAAAAAGGGGGAAAGGGGUGGGGGGGAAUACAACCGUUGCACAUGAGGAGGAGAGGCAGGAAGGGAUUACGCACGGACACCUGACCGCUCUCUGCUCAGAGUCCACCGUUUGAAUUGUUUAACUUGUUGAUGCAUCGUUUCAACGCCGUGUUUUUUUUCUUCUUCUUCUUUCUUAACGUCUGGCUGCAGUGAGUAAUAGAUGGCUGGUGAUCUGCUCCGGGGAUUACACUAAACUCACCGUGGAUGCAGUUUAAUGAGCAGCAUUCUUUAAGAUGUCAUUGAUCUCGGAGCCGUAGCACUGUGAAACGCGGAGAAGGGCCGUAUUCAACACUACAGGUCAGCAUGGCAGCAGGUGUAGCGGCAUGGCUUCCCUUCGCCCGAGCGGCGGCCAUAGGAUGGAUGCCCGUGGCCAGCACCCCGAUGCCCAUCCCUCCCCAAGACAAGAGGAAAGCCCAGGACGGACUCAUCAUCCUCAACGUGAGCGGGACCAAGUUUCAAACGUGGCGGACCACUUUGGAGCGCUACCCGGACACUUUGCUCGGCAGCACUGAGAGGGACUUUUUUUUCCACGAGGAGACGAACGAGUACUUUUUCGACCGUGACCCCGACAUCUUCAGGCACAUCCUGAAUUUCUACCGCACGGGGAAGCUGCACUACCCACGCCAGGAGUGCAUCUCCGCGUACGACGAGGAGCUCGCGUUCUUCGGCAUCAUCCCCGAGAUCAUUGGGGACUGCUGCUAUGAGGAGUACAAGGACCGGAGGCGCGAGAAUGCGGAGAGGCUUCAGGAUGACGAGGAGAUGGACAUGAACAAUGACGUCACGCCGGUGAAUCUGACGUUCCGGGAGUACCUGUGGCGGGCUUUUGAAAACCCCCACACCAGCACCUUGGCGCUUGUCUUCUACUAUGUGACAGGAUUCUUCAUAGCCAUCUCGGUGAUGGCCAACGUGGUGGAGACGGUUCCGUGCGGGACUUUGCCCAACAGGUCGAAAGAAGUGUCCUGUGGGGUUCGUUACGCGCUGGCUUUCUUUUGUUUGGACACGGCGUGCGUCAUGAUCUUCACGGUCGAGUAUCUGCUUCGGUUGAUCGCAGCGCCGAGCCGCUGCAAGUUCAUGAAGAGCGUGAUGAGCGUCAUCGACGUGGUCGCAAUCAUGCCCUACUACAUCGGCCUGGUGAUGACCGACAAUGACCAGGUGAGCGGGGCUUUCGUCACGCUCAGAGUCUUCCGGGUUUUUCGGAUUUUCAAGUUCUCCCGGCACUCCGCGGGACUGCGCAUUCUGGGCUACACUUUGAAGAGCUGUGCGUCCGAGCUGGGCUUCCUCCUCUUCUCCCUCACAAUGGCCAUCAUCAUCUUCGCCACGGUCAUGUUUUAUGCAGAGAAAGGCUCCACAGCCACCAAGUUUACCAGCAUCCCUGCUGCGUUCUGGUACACCAUCGUCACCAUGACAACACUGGGGUACGGUGACAUGGUGCCAAAGACGAUUGUGGGGAAGGUGUUUGGGUCCAUAUGCUCUCUGAGUGGGGUGCUGGUCAUCGCCUUGCCUGUCCCUGUCAUCGUGUCAAACUUCAGCCGGAUCUACCACCAAAGCCAGCGGGCAGAGAAACGACGAGCUCAGAGGAAAACUCGCCUUGCUAGAAUCCGUGCUGCGAAGAUUCGGGGCACUAAUGCCUAUAUGCGCUACAAACAAAACGGGCUCCUGAUCGACUCACUGGAGGAGGCUUCUAAGGAAGCUGGACGAGCCCUGGUGGGGAAGGCCGCCAGCCCCCCCUUUGAGAGCCAACAUCAUCAUUUGCUGCACUGCUUAGAGAAAACCACGAAUCACGAGUUUGUGGACGAGCAGACGUUUCAGGCCAACUGCAUGGAGGUCUCUUUGGUGAACAAGUCUGGCUCCCGCUCCUCGUCACUGUCUUCGUCUCCACACGGCCUCAGCUCGUGCUGCUGUCGACGGCACAAGAAGAAGAGCAGCUUCAGCCUGCCGAGCACCAACAACCAGGAGCUCAGCACCAUACAGAUCAGAGAGAGGCCGGUGUCCAACAGCCGCUCCAGCCUGAAUGCCAAACUUGAUGAAACUGUGCCCUUGAAAUGUAAUGAACCUUACAUCACCCCGUCCAUGGUCAGCCUGUCUGCCCCGGUGGUGACCUCAUCAGACGAGGACGCUUCCACUACAGCGUACUCUCAGAGCAACAUUGUCCGAGUAUCUGCCUUGUAGAUGCCACCGUCUAUCCAAUCUGAUCAGCUGAUUGGUCUCAAGAAGCACCAGAUGCUGAGGAGAGGGACCACCGAGCAUCAACCUGCCAUAAUCAAGAAGGAUUAUAAGAUUCCCAGAGGUUGGAUUUUCUUUUGUUCUUUUUUUAAAGUAGUGAUUUCAUCUGAUGUCAAUCACUGCAUGGUAUUAAAAGUGGUGUGGACAGCUGCCCUGGAAGUGGAAGCGAACCAGCAGACCUUUGCUUCCUUAAGCACAGCAGAGUGAAGAGGUGUUCGUGGUCAUCAUUGUUGCCUAAAAAUGACAAAAAAAAAGACUUUAUUUUUGAAUAUGUAAUGUAUGUGUUGUCUCAGAGUCAAAGGCAGAUGUUUAGAGAUCAUUCCCAAAGGCCUCUGAUAACAAAGCACAUGUAUUCAUCUCCUGAAGGCCAUGUUUGUGAAUAUAAAACCUGUCUGAUUACACGUUUGGCAUCCACCUUUUGACACUUCUCCAUUUAAAAGCUUUCUUAUCUUCUCCUGUUCACUCUUCUAAAAAAAAAAGAAGAAAAAACACAGUUCCAUCCCCUGGAAUGAUCAAAUGUUGUGAAUAUUCAUUUACAGACUGAUGAAAUGGUCACCGCUGUUCCUUGAAGAAUAAAAUCCACCACUCAUCCUGACAUGUUUGUGAACUGUGCAAGUGAAAGUCUAAAGACCAAAUCUGUGUUAGCUCCCAUGUUUGACAUUCUGAAUCUGUGUGAAAGCCGCUGUGGUUAGUUAACAAUAGUUAUUGAUAACUAUACAGGGUAUACCUUAGUUAGGGCACAAGUGAAUAACUGAAUGUUCUCCGCAACAUCUACUCAAUAAUAAUCUUAACGUGGACUCUUGUGGUAGCAUUGACCUGGGGGAACUUUAUGAAAGAACAUCGACUCCAAUGACUUCCUUAAAAAAAGAAAACGACAGAAUUUCAAAGAAAGACUUCAUUGUGUAAAAGCACCAUUUUGUAUAUUUUUCAUAAUGUAAAUAUCUCAGUUAGGACUUUAUCAAAUGCAUCUGAAGUUGGCUCCACUUAUUUCUAGAUUUAGUUGUUGGCAAAUCUCUUUCUGUCUGUUAACUGGUUGAAUUAAUGAUUUGCAUGCUGUCAUUGCAGAAUUCUGUUUUAUUAAAGUAUGUCUCUGCUCAUUGUUGGAGGUUUGUCAGUUAAAUAAUGAUCGAUGAAGGGAAACACAAUGAAGUGGGUGUGUUCUGAUUCUGCAGCUCUGCUUUUAAUGAAAUUUUGUCUUGUUUAAAGGGAUGGUUUCAGAUGUUUUGAAAAGGGGGCUUUGUGAGAAGGUUCUUCAUAAGGAAUCGUGUGGUGGAUGGCUCUUUGAAUGGAGAAAUGUUGAGAAUUAAAAUGUAUUUUGACCAGUUUGAGAAGCUAUGGGCUAUCUUGAGUAAGGCUUAGACCCAAACAGACAUAUAGUUCACGUGUGACAACCCUUACACUGAUCUCAGUUUACAUUUUAUGGUUAAUCUGAAAUGUGAUGGUGGAAGUAUAACAAUUUAGUAAAACUGAAAGAAGGCUCACCGGGUGGGCACGGCAGUGUGAGUUUAUUACUCAUACAUUUGUAAUAAUAUGUCUAAAUCAAUUUGGGAGACAUUAUUUACUGAAUUGUCAAAGAAUUAUAUGAAAAUGUUAUAACUUUCUAUGUUUUUGCACUUUUUGAUUGACUGGAGUGAAAUUAGGAUACCGUUUGGUUUGCUAAUGGAAUAUUUUGCUAAUGAUAAUAGAACAUAAUUUAACACCAAACCAUGAAAAUAAAACUAUUGGCUGUGUUUAAAGAGACAUUGUGUAGCUUUUACCUUUAAUCUCUGGAAAUGUCAAAUGAAAUAUUGUUGAAAAUGAAUAAAAUGAUGUCCAGUUGUUGAAAAAUAUUGGCGGCUUUGUAACAUAUAACCAUAAAUAUCGAGUUUAACCCUCCCACUGUCCUAAUGGGUGACCCCAUGAAGAAAGUUGACCAUUGAGCAGGGUUGAUGGUUCAUCUCUUGGGUCCAUGUGGCAGGGGUGAGGAGUGAGCACCAACUCACCCCUGCCACGUGGACCUCAAGGGAUAGAACAACAUUUACCGUAAUAUUUUAGCAAAAGUCACGGUAGUGUAAAACUACUCUGAAAUGUAUGUACAGCCCUCCAAUCAUGUGGAAACACUGCUACUUUAAAAUGUCUACUCUCCUUCACUACAUAGGGAGUGUGCCAUUUUGCUGUGAUGUUAAAAAUUGUAGCUGAUUUUCCAUUUCGCUACCAAGGGCCCUUGAAACAUCACAAAAAGUUAUGUGCAUUUGUUGUACACUGGUUUGGUAGAAGUAGACCAUAGUGCACUGUGACCUGAGCAAACAGCAUGCUAAUGCUAGGAACUCAACGGAAAUUAAAAGGUUUGAGAAUUGUUGAA